AUGACAUCGGCCCAAGAGACCGAAGCCUGGCAGAAGAUCGCUACCCUGAGGCAGCUUGAGCGUGAUUCGGCGAUAUCACGAUGGUCGAAGCAACUUCUCGGGUCUUCAACUCCAAGUCUUCCGCCGGUUGACGCAGUCUCGGUCAGAGACUGGGCUGUGCAGAGUGGCCACCUCAAUGAAAAGCAGAUGAAGAUCACCAAUUCCGUUCCGAGCCACCUCCUGAAUGAGAUGGCUAAUGGAACAUGGACCGCCGAAGAGGUGCUAGUAGCUUUCAUCGUCCGCGCGAUAAUCGCACACCACUUGACGAAUCCCAUUACGGACGUCUUCUUCGAAAAGGGCCUUGCUCGGGCCCGCGAGCUCGAUUCCUGGCUCCAGAAGACUGGCAAAACAGUAGGGCCCCUCCAUGGCCUUCCUCUGAGUCUGAAGGAUGUCAUGAAUCUCGAAGGCCAUGCAACCACGCUUGGCUUUGUCGCUCUCGCAGACAACAUCCAGUUGCAAUCGGAUGAUUUGGUCGCUCGCCUUCGAGAGGCCGGCGCGGUCUUCUACUGCAAAACCAAUGUCCCCCAAUCCCUCAUGUCCGGCGAGUGCCACAAUUUGUUGUACGGCCGGACUAGUACCCCAGACAACCGCAGUCUCUCUGCUGGCGGAUCGAGUGGCGGGGAGGGCACCCUCAUCGCUCUCAAGGGCAGCCCUCUGGGCAUCGGCACAGAUAUUGCGGGAUCGAUCCGUACGCCAGCUAACUUCAAUGGCGUUUACGGUCUUUGUCCGACUUCAGGCCGCUUGCCCUGUCACUCCGCGUCAAACUCGCCAAUUGACUACAUCACCGGCGUCGCGGGACCAAUCAGCAGCUCCGUCGAUGGCCUUGAAGUGUAUAUGAAGACAGUCCUAUGUCUCAAACCUUGGGAAUGGGACGCAACUUGUAUCGAGAAGCCUUGGGAUAACGCGUCUUAUGGGGAAGUAAAGGACCGAAAGCUUUGCUUUGGAAUUCUGUCGCACGAUGGAGUCGUGCGUCCACAUCGGCCGAUACAGCGAGGCUUGGAAGAGGUGCGAGCCUCACUAGAACGAGCAGGUCAUUGUGUCGUUGACGUGGACCUGCUGAAGGCAUCUGAUGAUCUCUGGGAUACGGCCGCGAGACUGUUCUGUGCCGACGGCGGUGAAGCGUUGCGUGGAAUGCUGGCAGUAUUGCCGGAACCCCCGAUCAAAGAGAUCGUGAUUCCGGAUCCUUCGAUGGCUUUGUCCGCAGCUGAUUUGAGUGCUCUGGGCAAGAAGCUGAAUAAGAUUCGCCAGGCGUUUCUCGAAAGAUGGGAGGCUACCAGGACGAUAUCUGGGACGGGUCGGCCAAUCGACGUAUGCAUUCUGCCUUCGGGAGGACAUGUGGCCCCUCCUCAUGGCACAAUGUCGUAUUUCCUCUAUGAGUGUAUUUCAAACAUUCUCGACUGGCCAUGCGCCACGAUCCCCGUGGGCAACGUCGACCCGCAAGUGGACGGGAUGCCAGGUCAUGGGACAGGUUUCCAGCCAAUGUCGAAGGAGGACCAAGAAAACCACGAUAAAUACUCACCAAAAGCAUACGAAAAUGGGGCUAUAUGCCUUCAAGUCCUCGGUCCUCGGUAUCGCGAGGAGACCAUCCUAGCGGCCAUGAAAGUGAUUGACAAGGCGCUUGGCAGAGACGAUAAUCAUGUAGCAUAG